AUGUACAAAAUCGCACGAAUGGGGGAUAUUGAUGAAAAACGAUCGGGACCUGCAAAGGGCAAGAAUAAGGGAAAGCGAGCCAUUGUGCUCGCAAUUUUGACAAGUGAUGGAAUUUUGAAAGGGUCGGAGAAGGUGAUAAUUUCGGGUGAAAAUCAAGAAAUGAUGGAUUAUCAUCUAAUGAUGACGGCACAAGCUUAUGAGAAUUAUAUGCAGGAAAUGAUUCCACUGUUCGUCGCCGAAGCUCGAAAACAAGGAAAAGUGCCGGUUAUGGUCAUCGACAAUUCUCCACUCCACAACACCACAACUGAAAAGGUCCAUAAUUCAAAAUUUUAAGAAUUAGGAACAAAGUGAAAUCAUUAAGAAAAAUUCGAGUUCCUUCAAAUCUCAAAAGUUGCAAAGUUUUAAAAAAAUGAUUGAAAAAAAGAUACAGAUCAAUCUUACAAAUUGAAGGUGGACAAAAUUUACGAAACACAUUCUCUUUUUUUGGAUUCCAAAUAUUAAUUACAUUUGUUUUCUAAAUCGAGAAAAAAUUUGUAAAAGUUCAAAGUUUCAUAAAACUGAAAAAAAACUUACCUGAAAUUCUAGCUAGAACCAAAUAUUCGUUCACUUUCUUUAGAUGCACAUGUCUGAAAAUUCUAACAUAUUUUGAAACAGAUUCCGCCAAGAAAUGCCAAUAAAGCCGAUUUGACAGCGUUUUUGGAGAAGCAUGGAAUGCGAGUUAAGAGGACUUGGGAUAAGAAACGAUUGCAAAAAGAAUUUGACAAUCUUCUUAUGGUGAAUGGCGGUCGAAACGCGAUGAAAAAGUAUAAAGUAGAUGAAUGGGCGUUGCAAAAUCACGGAUGCCAUUUCCUCCGUUUGCCCCCAUAUCAUUGUUGCUUCAACCCGAUUGAAUUGGUGUGGGCUGAGCUCAAAAGAGAUCUCAAAGAUGUUGGAUCCACUGACGAUUGUUUGGAAGAUGUACGAUUUGCACUUUCCAAACAUUAUCAAAAUACAAAUCCUUGUUAUUUCAGGUCAAAAGACGUGCUAUUUAUUGGUUACAACAAUAUUCAGCCGAAGAAGCGCAAGCAGUUAUAAGACACGCAAGAAACUUGGAACAAAAAAUCCGAGAGCGAAUUGCCGAGAAAAACAAGCAAAUCUCCACGAAUCUCCAAGCCCAAAACGCCCCAAUCAUCCAAGCUUCCAAUGAUCCUGACACUUCGGAUAACGACAAUUUCUCCAGCGAUGAUUCGCUAUUUUCCAGAAGUGACAACGAUAAUAAUCCAGCUAUUGAUUAUUGUUCCGAUUCCUCUUGA